AUGAACUCAAAACCCCCCAAAAAUUGUCACGCUACCGGAUCUCCAAAUCUCUCUCUCCAACCCCCUUUCCUCCUGCGCGAGCCCCAAAAACGCAGAGCACCACCGGAUCUCCAAAUCUCUCUCCCCCAACCCCCUUUCCUCCUGCGCGAGCCCCAAAAACGCAUAGCACCGCCGGAUCUCGCCGUCGAACUUCUGAUCGCGCCGUCAUCCUCAGCUAAACGAAAAAUUGUCUGGAUUCUUGCUAUUGGCAUGCAUGGAUUUGUUCAUGGGAUUCAAUUUGUGCAAGAGAACGCCAAUUUGUGCAAGAUAAUAAUUUGAGCAAUUGGGAUUCAAGCAAUUGUGGGUGGUUCGAGCGAUUGAUGCAACUUGAAAAAUCCGAGCAAUUGGGGUUCAAUGCAUGAAGUCUGAAUGUAUCAACAAUAACUUUUGUUGUAACUAUUUUUGUUUUGAAACAAGAAAAUGACUCUAAUUUGUGAGAGCUCUUGGAUGUAUUAUUUUCUGGUCGAUACAUUUGUGCUGCAUAUGUAUUCAGUUGAUUAAGCUGCAUAUGUUUCUGGUUGAUCACUGUUUGUGUUGCUUCUGGUCGAUA